AGCUCCAGUCAGUGCUGCAGUGGAUUAGUCAGCUGCAUUUAUUUAAAGGUAGUGGAGAGAGAGCGCAGGAGCCUCGGUCAGUGUGCAAGUUUCAGAUCUUCAAGAUGCAGCGCAUCUACAUGCACAGCAAUGAACACUUUGAAGUCUUCACCACUGUCCUUGCUCCACAAGGGAGGUAUCGAUACAGAGCAGAAGCUGAAAAGAUGGUGGUGGUGCACAGCUACAGGCCACACUGGCCAGAUGAGCUGGAGCUGUCUCUAGGUGACGUCAUCCUGGUGCUGUCCAAACAUGAGGAGGAGAGGUGGUUUGGGCGGCUGCAGGACGGCCAGCAGGGCUACUUCCCCGCCUCCUGUGUGAUGGAGCUGAGCCAGCCGAAUCUUCCUCCCAGAGGCCCGCGAAGGAGUGUAUCUCUGAGAACCUCAGCGUGGGACAACGACUCAGGCGUACGCAGUAGAUAUGGAAAUGGACACAUUCUGCAGGCGCUCAGGAGGGGGAGCAGAGGAGGUGGAGGAGGAGGGGGAGGAGGAAUGGCGCUGGAUGGGGGCCAGGGUGAGCGCGAGGGCCCCUUCCUGGUGCGCAGGCCCCAGAUCCCUCUGCCUCAGCCUGUGGCCUCCCAACCUCAGACACACAGAUCCCCGGGUCUACUCCACAGGAUUUUGUCCAAGUGCCGGAAAAAGAGUGAAUGCCAGGGAGCAACCAACGGGGCCUUCGAGGGUGACUAAGAGGCCCUCCUCUUUGUCCUGGGUGGCUGAGCUGAGUUCACUGAGGUGGGCGGACUGCCAGUUUGUAGGGUGAGGAGAGAAGCUUCUGAAAUAUCGAAGACAGGUCUCGAAUAUCCCGAUUUGAGCAAGUACUUGUUUGCCAAAUCCGGUUUUCUUGACUUGGCUGCAUUCCAAGAAACAAGAGGUUAAAUCCAUCCCAAUGCAAAACGUACACAGACACACGCAAAUUAAUGACGUCACAGAAGGUGUUUUGCCUAUUACAUCUAAUGGACAGCGCCUGCUGUGACAUCACUGAUGGGGGCGUGGCCAGAAGUGCAACAUACCUGAAAGAUUGAAUUUACAGAGAGCUGAGCAGCUGCUGUUUUUGUUUUGUUUUUUUGCCGUUUUUCAGCAUGCAAGAUCAAAUGCCACAUAUAUGCUUUGAAAAAUAUAUAAUCACUGUCACUGCAGUCGUAAGUGUUAUUAAGGGUAUUAACUAGAGGGGAUCAGUGAUGGGACAAGUGAUGCAUCUGAUCCAGUUUAUGCUUUUUCUACAACUCUGAUGCUGUUACCUACGAGAAAUGUUAUUUCAGUUGUCUGUUUAAUCAUUCAUGUUUCUUUACUUCAUCUGCUCAUGUGAAUCUGUGUAUACAUAUGUAUAUAUGUAUAUAUAUAUGUAUGUAUAUAUAUAUAUAUAUAUAUAUAUAUAUAUAUAUAUAUAUAUAUAUAUAUAUGUAUAUAUAUAUAUAUAUAUAUAUAUAUAUA